GCUUGCAGCAACCUGGCCGCAAACCACCUCGACGUCCCCUUCAAAAAAGAAAACGCCUUUAUUUACUGAGGGGACUGCCCGGAUCAGGGAAGACCACUUUAGCCAGGCUUGGUGAGUCACUCACCCACCCAUCUAAGCAGUGUGAAAAAUACGUCUGAGCAUUCAUUCAGCAAAACCAUAAAGAUGCUGUGCAAAAACCAGGCACUCCACAGACAGAUGAGGGGAAGACGGUCUAUAGAUGGACCUGAAAGAAAGACUUUGGUUCUCAUAAAUCCGGUGCAUGCAGACCCUUUGCAUAUGGUGUUGGUUAAUGAUCUUCAAAAUCUAAAACAUCAGUUUCGUGAUGCAGUGAUAUUGAGUACAGAUGAUUAUUUCAUCAGAGAAGAUGGCUCAUAUUUAUUUCAGAAGUACUUACUUGAUGAAGCUCACGAAUGGAACCAUGAAAGAGCCAAAUCAGCCAUGAGACUAGGGAGGUCUACAAUUAUUAUAGAUAAUACCAACACCGAAGCAUGGGAAAUGAAACCAUACGUAAAUAUGGCACGAGAGAAUGGUUAUGAAGUGAAAUUCCGAGAACCAGACACACCCUGGAAAUUUGACAUUAGAAAAUUAACAAGAAUAAAUUCACAUGGUGUUCCGAGAGAAACAAUUGAACGAAUGAAGGAACGGUAUGAGAGGAAUAUCACUAUUGACAAAGUGCUGCAUGCAGAAAGGGAAGCCUGAAAUAAUUGAUGCCAAAGUUGUCAACAGGUUGCUUUCAGAAGAGGAACAGGAGCUAUACUGGGGAAGAGUUUGUACAAACUCAGCACAUUUAGAUUUAAUACUAGUUACAUAAAUCCAAGACAACCUGCCUAGGUUGAUAGAUCCAACAAAUUCAGAUUUUAAACAAAAUCAAGCAAAACAAUUUGAUGUUUUUACUCAACUUUAAGAAAAGGCUUUAUCACUUCAGGUCUUUGAGCACAAUUAAGGAUAACAAAUGUUAUUAACAGAUUUUAUUCCUUAGUAAUUUUUGUCAAGUACAGUUUGGUAAACAUUUUAAUAUGACUAUUGGUUAUGAUCCAGCAAUUACUGUAGUAAAUGUCCUUGAUGUAAUUUUUUUUUAAAUGCUCUGACUUUUAAUUGCAUCUUAAUACAGGUUUAAAUUGUGAAAUCUCUGUAACUGUUUGUACUCCUAACUACAGAUGUGUAAUUUAAUUCCUGUUGUCUGCAGUUACUUUCCAUUCUUUCUCAGGAUGUGGGAGAUGUUAGCAUUUAUUGCUCAUCCUUAGUUACCAUGAGAAGGCAGUGGUGAGUAGCCAUGUGUCUUGAACUGCCACACCUUUUCUUUUGUAGCAGUUUGUUACAGCUGAGUGGAUCGCUAGGUCAGAAGACAGUUAAUGUUAACCACAUCAUCAUUUCUCUGCAGCUUAUGUCUACCAGAUGGGUGUUGCUGGCACGGACAAUAUUUGUUGCCCAUCUCUAAUUGCCUUUGAAUUAAGUGGCUUGCCAACCAUUUCAGAGGGCAGUUAAAAUAUUACUGUUGUCUGGAUUCAUAUGCAGACCAAAACAAUUAAGGGCAGCAGGUUGCCCUCUUUAAAACAUUAGUGAACUAGAUACAGUUUUCUGACAAUUAUUGGUCAUUUCAGGGUCACCAUUAAUUAUUGAGACUAUCUUUAUAUUCUAGAUUAUUCUGUUGGGAUGAUAGCUCAUGUCCCCAGGGUCUUAUUCUGGACACCUGGGUUAGCAGUCUAGUGGGUCACUACUGCAUCACUGCCCGAUGAUAAUCUCUAAGAGGCAUUAUGAACCUUUUGUUCUUGUUUGACUUCAUGGCUGCCUUUCCUAACAUCAGCUUUUCAUUUCCAGGUUCGAAUCAUUUAAUUUUGUUUUGUACUUUUUAACCAGGAUAUGUGAAUAUGUUUUAUAAUAUGAGAACAGGUUGGGACCAAAAAAUGGACAAAUAAAAUACUUUGUUACUUUUCA